AUGAACGCUUCAACACCCGCAGUCAAGAGGAGGGCCUGCGUGGCCUGUACAGCUGUCAAGGCGAAAUGCACACCUCAGGCCGAUAAUAUGUGUCAGCGGUGCGCUCGUUUGGGCAAGUCAUGCACAUACCUUGACCUGCCGCAGACGAAGCGGAGGCACAAGGCCUCACCAAGCCGUGUGGAUGUGCUAGAGAAUAAGGUUGGCCAGCUGAUGUCGCAGCUAGCUGCCUUGACUCGACAGAACAGGCAAACACCCCUUGUUGCUUCUAAUCCCCUCCCCGACGACCUAGGCUCAUCUCGUACUACAGAGCUGGAUUUUUCAGACAUUCCUGCGCUGCUAGAUGCUGCUGAGGACCCAUCUCACGGUAUUUAUCCGCAGACCAGCUCUGUUCUGGCAGGCCAGCCCUCUAUCGUAGAUCGAGGGCUUCUGAGUGAAGCCGAGGCUGAACGCUCGCUCAUGACUUUCCAGCUUGACUUAGUAUAUAAGUUUCCAUUUGUCUUGAUUGCCCGCAGUGAAACAGCCGCUAGCCUCAGGGCUCGAGAGCCUUUUCUUUUUCUGUCCGUCGUCGCGGCGACCACAGGAAGCUCGCAUCCUUUGUGCAAAGUUGUCGCUGAUGAGAUUAUGAACCACGUUACGCAGAGACUCGUGGCACAUUCUGAGAGAAAUCUUGAGUUGCUUCGUGGCCUAUUGGUUCACUGUGCAUGGUACUCAUACCCAGCAGAGAGACAUCACCCUCGACUUUUGCUCUUGAUUCAAUUUUGUGUGUCUAUUUUGUAUGAUCUGGGACUUCAUAGGAAGCCCAGUCUAAAUGCGGACGAGCAACGGGCGCUGCUAGGUACAUAUUGGCUGUCUGCUAGCCUCUGUAGCAUCCUUGGCCGGCCAAGUGUCAUGAAACAUGACGCUCGAACGGAUGAGUGUAUAAAGAGUAUCGCCUCUACCGAGCAUCAUUCGGACCGGUGGAUUGCACCAUUUAUCCACUUACAAAUUUUCUUGGCAACGAUGGAUGACAUUUACGCUUCGAUCCAACCAAGUGGUGGUAGCGCUCUCGUCCAAGUUACGCGCGGCGCCCUGCAGCGGCAAUUUGAUAUUGUGAGGGCACGUGUAGAAAACGAUCUCUCGGAGUGUCCCUCGUCGAUAGUGAACAUAAUUCACAUGGAAAUCAAAUAUGUGGAAAUACGGCUCGAGGAAUUAUGUCUUCGGGAGGAGCUGUGGAUUACAAAGCCCGUUAGCACAGUCCGGACAACCAUGCUGAUGGGUGUUAUCCAGCGAAGUAAGGAGCUGAUUCGGGCCAUCAGCAACCUACCAGCCUCGGAGAUUGCCCAAAUGACAAUCACUACCUGUGCUCGUAUAUGUGCCGCGGUAGGCUACAUGCCCACUGCUAUAAUGGCCAUUCUUAAACUCAUCACUAGCACCACCGACCCUUCCAUGGAAGCUCAGGUCCGGGCCGUUGUUGAUGCAGCAGAGUAUCCCAGCCUUAUUACAGAGCUUGCAAAUGCGUUGGAGACAAAGUUCGGCGGAAUGUCCGCUGCAGACAAGGAGGCGGAUAUUUUAGGGAGCAUCUGUUCUAAAAUGCGGCUGUUGGCACGCUGUUAUCCACAUCAAAUCCGAGCAGUCGUUGGAGUUGCGCCUUCCCAAGACGUAAGGCAGGAUACGUCCAUGAUGGAAGUUCAGGCCAAUGAAAUUGCCAUGACACCCUCAGUCUGGCCUUCUAUCUACGGUGAUUUGGGUGAGACAUUCCCUAUCGACGACCUACAGUGGGACUCACUUUUGAGCAAUUUCACUGGCUUUAGCUAG